GAACGUCUCUUUCUCUCUCUCUGUCUAGCGAAUCUCGUUCCUUCACCGAUGGAUGAAAACGAACCACCGUGCACUUCACCUGCGCCGCCGCGUAAUCCGCCGUCAUCGUUAUUCACGGACAUUUCUAACUUCAAAACGCCUUCCCGGCGUUCCUCCGUUGUAAAUUCGAAAUUCAGUAACUCUCCGUAUCCGCAGUUCUUCACUGCAUCCAAGCAAACCCCAAAGUCUUCGUCUUCUAGCUUCCGUCGUCCUUCCAUCGUUCCGUCUCAUGCAUCUCGGUCUAAGGUCGCACGGCUUAAGGCAUUCGAACUUCAGCAAUCGCAAUCUUCGCACAAGGCUGAGUUGAGGAAAGAGAAGAGUCUUAGAUCUCUUGCUAAAUCACUCACUGUGUGGCUCAAUUUCCUGUUUGAAAACCCUGAAAAUUGCGGUUGCGAUCCGUUCAAGGGUGACUCUGGUGUUAGUAGCUUAGGACACUUAGGUCAGGCGAAGAGAGAUAGUAGCGAGGCUUUACGAAAGAGUAAAUCUGUAGGAGUGGAUACAAUGUGGAGAAGCCCCAAAAGGUUGAGGAAUUUAGGUUGGUGUGGCGAGAAAGGAUCAGAAAUUGGCUCAUGCUUGACUGGCUCCAAGUAUUCCACACUGAAGGAAUCUCUAAGAGAUGUGUGUAGCUUAGAUGAUUUGAAGGAAAGAAUGCAAUUUCACUUGAGUUCGGGAAGCUGCAAGGAGAUAUUUGAUGUGAUGACCCGUGUUAGCAAGAAUAUCGAUGAAGGGAGGAUAAAAAUGAAACCACAAUGCCCUCUUGUAACUGAUUUUGGACUGAAGGAGAAAGCCAUCAAGGCACUGAUGUGCUAUAACCAAGUUUGGCUCCGUUUAGGGUUAUAUGUCAUCUUUGGCGGUGAUUCCUUUUUGUCUGACAGUGAAGUUAACUCAGAUCAAGAAAUGGCAUUCUUGAAGAUGGUUAUUAAUAAGCAGUUUUUCUCCCAUGAUGGCCUUUCUAGAGCCUAUGCCUAUAACAAAAUGGUUGAGGGUUUAUACAGACCAGGGUAUUAUGAAGCCCUUGGAACCGUGAUUUUGAAGAGGAUUCUGUUGCUCGUCCUUGUAAUCGACAGAGCUAAAUCUCAAAGCUGCCUUGCACUUAAGUAUGGGAUUGAUGGGAUAGAUGGUGGCUCACCCCUCAUGUUUUCAGAGAAAUCUAGCAUAAAGUCUAGCCAUCAAAUUAUAUGUGAAAUCUUGUCCGCUGAUGUAAUGCAUGGAGAAGGGAAUCUCCUUGCGCAUCUAGUGAUUAUAGGGUACAAAAUACCUUAUCAGCAGACUCCUGUAGUUGAAUAUGAAUUUAGAGUGAGAGACUUGUUUGGUGACCUCCAAGAUGGCGUACGGCUCUGCAGAGCCAUUCAACUACUUCUUCAUGAUCCAUCCAUUCUCACGAAAAUGGUAGUUCCAUGUGACAAUCGAAAGAAGAACCUGGCCAAUUGUAGAAUUGCACUUCAGUAUCUGAAGGAUGCUGGUGUUUCGUUGAAAGAUGAUGAAGGGAUGAUAAUAACUGGAGAAGAUGUUGCUGAUGGCGACAGAGAGCUCACGAUUUCACUGCUGUGGAACAUUUUUGUACAAUUGCAGCUGCCACUUCUGAUCAAUGGGAGACUCUUGACUGAGGAAAUCUUCAAAAUCCAGGGGUUCGAACAGAAUAAUCAAAUUACCAUGCCUAGUACUCCUCUGGAAAUGCUCUUGAACUGGAUCCAGUCAAUUACCAGGAAGUAUGACUUCAACUUAGAAAGCUUUGCAUCAUUGGUUGAUGGAAAGGGGAUAUGGUACUUGCUUGACUACUAUUUUCGUCGAGAAGUCUGCUGUCCUUGUCUUCACAAAGAGGAUCCUGGUGGUCAACAAGGCCCUCAAUCAGUGAUGGCCAAUACCAAUUACAAUGAUGCAGUUCAAAAUUUCAUUUUGUCACAAAAGUUGACAGCACUUUUGGGAAGUUUUCCUGAGGUUCUACAAAUUGGUGACCUACUGGAACAUAAUGCAGUAGUUAGCAACCAAAGUGUGAUUAUACUGUUGGCUUUCCUAUCAUCAAAGCUGAUCGUCAAGGAGAAUAUGGAGCAACUGAACUUUCAUAAGUUGCUGUGCUCUAGAUGUCAAGCUCAGGAGAAGAGAUUUUCGCGCAUCAGUUGCAGCAGCUCUGAAGCAGUUAGAAAUGAGGAACCAGAUAGAGAAAACGAAGAAGAUGCUACCAAAAGUUUCCAGGCAAUCAAAGCCUGGUGGCAGGAUAUGGCCAACCAAAACCAAAAUUCUGUUAGAAAGGCUAGUAGCCAUACUUUGCAAGACUCCUUGUCUAGCAAAUGCACUACGGAUUUUCAACGAGAAGGUGCAGCAGUGGUCAUACAAGCGAAUCUGAAGGGACUUCAUGCACGCCGCAAGUUUAGUAAGAAGAUGUGUGCAAUCCUGUACUUACAAGCUGCUGUCCGGACAUGGUUGUUAGUGAAACAUAUAGAAGUUCUUGAGAAAUUAACUGUUGAGGAAGUUACUUUACAUCUAUCAGAAAGAUCGGCCAACUUAAAACCUGUCGCGAGAUAUGUCAAAUUCAUUGUUGAACGAAGUCGGUUUAUCAAGUUGAGGAAAUCUGUUUCGGUCAUUCAAAAAGCUGUAAGGAGGCAUCAGGCGCUUUUAACCACUUCUGAUAUGUGCACUCCACAUCAGAGCAACCUUCAUCAUGAGCUUAAAGCAGCACUCAAAAUUCAGCUAGCUUGGAGGAGCUAUAAAGAAAAAGUUAGCUCUUCUAUCAUCAUCCAAUCCUAUGUUCGAAGGUGGAUCACACGCAGGAUGAAUUGGACAUACAAGUUUUCUUCCAUACUUAUUCAAAGACACUUCCGUGGUUGGUUGGCGAGAAGGAAGUUUUAUCUUCAGAGAGAAGCAACCAUAUGCAUACAGACUGCAAUCCGAAAAUUUAACUGCAUGAUGUCAUUUCAUCGGUAUAAACGAGCAGCCAUGGAGAUUCAACGGUUCGUUAGGGGACAAAUUGUUCGAAGCAGGAUUCAAGGAACUUCUAGUCUCUCUUCACAACUCGACAAUGGCGUUUCAAUACUUCCACAACACAGCGUUGGGAUGAACAAACUGCUAAAUUCCGUCAUUAAACUGCAGCGUUGGUGGAGAUUAGUCCAUUCACAGAAUGUGAGAAGAACAUCAGCAGUGUUAAUACAGAGGCAUAUUCGAGGUUUGUUUGCCAGGCGAAGAACUUCUAUGGAAAGACACUACAUUGUCAUGAUUCAAGCACACUGGAGAGGUUAUCUCACACGCAAAGCCUCAAAAGCUCAAGUUCUAGAUCUGAGAAUAAGAAUGCAGACUUCUGCAGCAAACGUAGAUGACAAGAAACGGCUUAUAAACAAGCUUCUUUCUGCGCUUUCAGAACUACUGAGCAUGAAAAAGGUCCACAACAUUCUUCACAUUUGUGAGAUAUUGGAUUCGGCAACAAAAUACUCUGACAAAUGCUGUGAAGAGCUCGUGGCAGCGGGAGCUAUAGACAAGUUGCUAACACUGAUUCGGUCUGCAAGCAGAAGCAUCCCUGAUCAAGAAGUUUCAAAACAUGCACUUUCAACUUUAAGUCACCUUGCUCGUUAUCCACAAAUGGCAGAUGAGCUUAUCGAGACGAAAGGAUCCAUCCAGACAAUCUUCUGGGAACUACUCAGGAACAAAGAAGAAGCAUAUUUCAUUGCAUCAGAUGUUCUGAAGAAGAUAUGCAAUAGCCAGAAAGGCGUAGAAGCAGUUCGAAAGCUUCCUGCAUUGGUAAAGCGGUUACAUGCCUUAGUUGAGGAGCUAACCCGUAAGGCAAACAUGGAGAAACGGAACGCUAAGGGUCAGAGUGGAAAAGAAAAGAGUGAGAGAAGAUUAAAAGAAGCUGUGGAGCUUCUAAAGCUUAUGAAGCAUGGCUAGUUGCCUAGUUCCCUCUAUUGCCGGUCCCGGGUUCGUUUUGGGGUCGUUUUUAGGGAUUCUAAAAUUUGUGUAUGUCUUAUUAAUGAUCAACAUAUUAAAAUGCAUGUUUUUUUUUCCUAUAACUUUAUCAUUUUUAGAACAAAUUAAAAAGAAAAUGUAACCAAUUGGGAGCAUUGGUUGACCAAACACAUAUCAGGUCAGGGUAAGAUUCAGACAAGUUGGGCUAAGCG